UUGCAGAUGAAAUGACGAAUAAAGGAGCUCUGUUGUCACUGUUUGCCAUGACAAUACUGGUUUAUUGUACCAUGGUGGAUGCUGGACAUAAUCAAACGUCGGAGUGCACAAUGAGACCUUCACCUUGUUGUUACGGACGAGACGGACGUGACGGCCGUGACGGAAGAAAAGGAGAACAAGGCGAGCGGGGCAAAACGGGGAAGACUGGAUCCCAGGGACCUCAUGGUCCCAAAGGAAACCCAGGUAUGCCUGGGGAUGACGGCUCACCCGGCGUAAAGGGAGAUCGUGGAUUUCCUGGGAGACCUGGUGCAGCGGCUGUCCUGAACUGGAAAGAGUGCGUCCAUAAUUUCCUGAAUGAUGGUAGAGACAACGGACUUAUUAAG